AUGUCCACCACUUCAACUCCCAACCCCGUCGAAACCUUUGAUGAAAUCGUCCGCUCAUCCACAUUCACCUUCCUCCUCUACUACCGCGGCCACUGGUGUCCCUUCUGCAUCGCGCACCUCAAACAACUCGUCGCCCUGACCCCCGAAAUCAAAGCCGCCGGCGGCACCGUAAUCGCCGCGACAGCCGAGAUCCCAAAGCACCUCGACGCUGUCCGUAAGGCGACCGGGUUCACCGACACGGUGGUUGUGGACCCGGAGAAUGUGUUAGCGGCGGAGCUUAAGAAGAGGGGAUUGCUUGAUAUUGCGGUGACGCCGUGGCGGGGGUAUGAGUGGGGGUUGGCGCAGCCGGGGUUUUUGGUGGUUAGGGGAGAUGGGAGGGUGAUGGGGAGGUGGGCUGUUGUGCCUGCUUUGAUGAAUCUUGCUGGUGCUAAGGAUAGGCCGGUGCUGGCUGAGGUGUGGGAGGAUGUGCGGAGGCAGUUGAAGGGUGAGGAUACGACUGAGGGCAAGGUGUACACGACGACUGGGGCGUUUCAUCUUUUGAAGCAGAAGAUAUUUGGUUAA